GAUGUAUCCAGGGCAGAUCCAGGGACUCUGCUCAGAUGCAGAAAUCAGAGCAACCUAGUGGACAUGGCGAGAAUUUGCAGCGCGCGCAUUCUGGAAGCAGAUACGAAAACUAUUUCCAUUUUAUUAUGUAGUAGGAGGGAAAAUCGUGGGGGUAUCUGUUCCAAAUCACUAGUGUCACUUGAGGAAUCCGCAGUUUUUUCAGCGAAUUGUCGAGUUUAUUGCGAGAUUAAAAGCUAUCCCUAACUCAUAUUACAUGUAAAGUGUUGUGUUGGGGUGCCUUCAAUGACACUGCGAGCUGCUGCUUUAGUACUACUGAUAUAUACAAGUAAUUGAGGUUAGGUAGUACACACGUUAAAGAAUGAUUAAAUAAAUGUCAGUUGUUAGUCACGCCGAACGUCGCAAAUGUUUACACGUCGAAAAUGCUUAUGACGUUCUGUAAGCGUGCGGGGGGAUUUUAAUCGGUAUUAUGAUUGCAUUUUGUUGUGCAACCUACUCCUUGUGUGAGGAAACGCCAUUAGUUUUUGAUAGAGCUAUACAUGGGUGUAAAAUAGGUGUUCGAAUGGGCUUGUAAUGGUUCGAUGAAUUACUCAAUAUGAUGACUGGAUUUCGACUGUCUUAGUUACUUUACGCUGGCAGCGUUUCUAACUGUACAUUUUGUACAAUGUCAUGCAUAGAACCUGAUUUAAAGAGGAAAAAAAUGAACAAAUCAGGGGAUUCUCCAGGAAUUACAGAUUUGCCAUCUGCACAAGAAUUAGAAGAGAUGUGCAUGUCACCUGAUCCAUUUGAAGAUUCUUCUCCUGAAAGGAUUUCUUCACCUGAAGGAGAAGGCAGAAUGAAGAUUUCUGAAGAGAUGCAAAAAGAAAGUGAAAACCUUCCCAAUGCACAUUCUUCAGAUAAAAGUUCUCUUAAAUUUGAAGAGCAUGGAGGAGAAUCAGCAUCAGCAAAUAAAGAAAUAGCUGAAUCUAUUCCUUGGAAAGGCUGUUUUCUAACAGAAUUGCAAAAGGGUCGAAAUGGCUAUGGAAUGCCACAGUUGCAUCCUAUCAAACCUAACAGUAAUCACACUGUUAUGUUCCAGAUAGGACCAAAGAAAGAUGGUAGUCAUCCCCCGUCUGAUGCAUGGGACAGUAAUCAUGUCCGCUUGCCUUGCUCUCCACAGAAUAAAUAUCCUGUUGGGGAUAGUUUGAAAUCACGUUGGGAAAUGGUGAAGGCUGCUUUGCAGAAACCUGUACAGAAUAGCAAAGAUCUUGAAGAUGCUAUUAUGUCAUAUAAUGAUAAGUACCUAGGUCGUUGGGACUUCUCUGGUCUUCAUUACUUUUUCAGUGAGGGAAUUGAAGAAGAAGAAACUCAGUGUUUCUUUUCUGAACUGUUGCCACAAAUUAUUGAAUUGGUUCUACAGCUUCCUGCUCUUAUCACUCAUCCACUUCCUUUGCUUCGCAAAGGUCGGAAUCACAGCAUAAGUUUAACGCAACAGCAAGUUGCAUGCCUUCUGGCCAAUGCUUUCUUCUGCACAUUUCCAAGGCGUAAUGCUGCCAGAAAAGCAUCGGAGUAUGCAACUUUCCCUGACAUCAAUUUCAAUAGACUGUUUCAGGGCCAGAAAAAGAAAGCUGGCAUGCAACGAACGUGUGAGAAACUAAAGUGUAUUUUCCACUAUUUCCGAAGGGUAUGCCACAGUCCUCCUAAAGGAAAUAUCACAUUUUCUCGCCGGUGUAUCCCUCCAUCUGGUUGUCCUUCCUGGGAGAGCUCAGGUCAUUUCUUUCGAAAACUUCACGUUUCCAGUCAUGGCACAAUUGAAGAGUGUGGGAAAGGAAUGCUGCAGGUGGAUUUUGCAAACAAAAUGGUAGGAGGAGGAGUGUUAGGAUGGGGUUGUGUCCAAGAAGAAAUUCGUUUCGUGAUUUGCCCUGAAUUGAUUAUAGCUCGUCUGUUCACUGAGUGCCUUGAUGCCACAGAAGCUUUACUGAUCACAGGUUGUGAGCAAUUCAGCACAUAUGAGGGGUAUGCAGAUGAUUUCACAUGGGCUGGUGAUUACCAAGAUAGUACCCCUCAUGAUUGUAGCGGUCGUAAGCUAUGUAGCGUUAUUGCUAUUGAUGCUUUAUAUUUACGUUACCCAGCUCAGCAGUUUGUUGUGACCAACUUGUUAAGAGAAAUUAAUAAGGCUUAUGUAGGUUUUUUCAAUCAAGAAGUCAAUCCGGAUCAUCUAUCUGCUGUGGCUACAGGCAACUGGGGUUGUGGAGUGUACCGGGGCAAUACUCGACUGAAAGCAUUGCUGCAGUUGAUGGCGGCCACUCAGACUGGACGUGCUCUGGCAUAUUUCACAUUUGGAGAUGACCAGUUAAGAGAUGAUAUCGUAUUGAUGCACACCUUUCUAGUUAAUCACAAAGUUACUGUAGGUCUUGUGUGGCGUCAUUUAUGUAGAUAUUAUGAUCAGUGCUAUCGCAGUGGUAUCUUUAAUCAAGAACUUUAUGAUUACCUAUAUAAAUGUAUUGAUCCUACCUACACCAAAAAAGAUGUGUCUUCGAAAGGUAGACAUACGGCUGUAUUGUCAACUUCAAAAAUGAAGACUAAACAGUCAAAUUCUAAUCAAAGUAAAGAUAAACAGGACAAGACUGGAACUGACAAGUCUGAAAAUACUCUCACUGAAAGUCCUUCAAAAUCUUAUAUUCCUGAUAAUGAAAUGCAUGCUUCAACUGAUCUAGCUAAUGCAACAGUUGAGUCUAGUGAAACUAAACCAAGAACAAUAUCAUUUGACUCAAAAGUCCAAAGUAGAGAGAGCAAGAAUUCAAUGACACCUACGGACAAAACCAAAUCACAGCAACAUUCCCUGAAGAAAAUAUGGAAUAGAAGUUGUCAGUCUUCUCAUAAUCAUACUCUUCAGCAAAAUGUCAAGCCUAAAACUCCUAGUUCUACUGCAAGCCGCAGCCCUUCUAGAGCCAGUGCAGUUAGAAGACUUGGUGCAUCAAGGAGCCUUGGCCCAUUAAGGGGUCUUGGUUCACGUGGGAGCACUAGCCCCAAAAGGAGCCCUAACCGAAAUAAACAGAAAAGUCCAUCCAGAAACCCUAUUCCACCCAAAAGUGCUAGUCUCGAAUUUCAAAGUAAUAAUGAUAUUGGUGGAGAUGAAUUUGGCAGAAGUGAUCUUCAUAGCUCUUUCUCAGAGAAUUUUACAAGACCUCAACAUUUGACUAUACAAAAGAGAAUUUCUGAUUAUUUUUAUGAAAUAAAUGUACCAAAGUAAAAACAGACUAUAGAUAUAACUCUGAUAUCUGAGAAGAAAUGUUUGCACUCUAAGAGGAAUUUUUUUCAGCCUUUGUAUUUGUACAUAUUUGUAAUCAAUAAAUUAAUGUUGCAAUGUUUGUUUUAAACUUCUCU